ACGAAUCAAACUUCAAAAUUACACACAUAAACUACAAUAGUCGAAUGUUAAUGUUUUAAUGCUCAGGCGAGUUUUAUUCUUUUUUUCAGGUUAAUUGACAUGAAGCUUCAUAUUGUGUCACUAAUAUUCAUUUGUUUCAAUAUCGAAGUUGCUUUUUCAAGACCACAGCCGCACAUUAUAUUUAUUUUUAUUGAUGAUUUGGGAUGGAAUGAUGUUAGUUUUCAUGGAUCAAAACAGUUACCUACUCCAAAUAUUGAUGCCCUUGCAAAUGAUGGUAUAAUUUUAAACAAUCAUUACUCACAACCAAUAUGCACCCCAUCAAGAGGAAGUCUCAUGACAGGAAAAUAUCCUUUACGUUUAGGGCUCCAACAUGGUGUAAUCACAGCAACAGCUCCUUGGGGUCUUUCUCCUAAAGAAAAAAUCCUGCCUGAAUAUUUACAAGAUCUUGGAUACUCCACAUAUGGAGUUGGAAAGUGGCAUUUAGGAUUUUUUCAAGAAAACUAUCUUCCCAUGAACCGAGGGUUCGAUUCCUUCUUUGGAUAUUGGAAUGGUAAAGAGGACUAUUUUACUCAUUGGGCAGAAGGGCAAAAGGCUCAUGGGUUAGAUUUGCAUGACAAUGAUAUCAAUGCCUGGAAUUAUACUAUGGUAUAUGCUACGGAAUUAUUUACUGAUAAAGCUAUAUCUAAAAUUCUGAAUCACAAUACGUCUAAGCCAUUGUUUUUAUAUUUAUCUCAUUUAGCUGUUCACACUGGUAAUUCGUACGGUAUUUUCCAAGCUCCUCAAGAACACAUCAAUAGAUUCCCUCACAUAAAGGAUCGAAAAAGAAGAGCUUUUGCUGCUAUGUCAUCAGCUUUAGAUGAUUCAAUCGGCGAUCUUUUCGAAAGUCUACAUAAGGCUAGAAUACUGCAUAAUAGUCUUAUAGUCUUCACUACUGACAAUGGUGGAGCAGUGGAAGGUAUUGAUAAAAGUACAGGAUCCAAUUGGCCUCUUAGGGGAAGUAAAUACAGUUUGUGGGAAGGUGGGGUGAGAACUGUUGCCUUUGUAUGGAGCCUCAUGUUACGUAAGAAAAAAAUCCGUAGGAAUCUGAUGCAUAUAAGUGACUGGCUUCCUACACUCUACUCAAUAGCAGGUGGAGAUGAAAAAGAUCUUGGAAAAAUUGACGGAUAUAACCAGUGGAAAUCAAUUUGCUGCAAUGAAAGAAGUCCUCGUCAAUCAAUUGUACUUAAUAUUGAUCCAAUAUUGAAGACUGAAUCAAUUCGAUUGCAAAAUUACAAAUUAGUGAAAGGUAGCAAUUUCCGUGGUCGCAUGGAUGGUUGGUUUGAUAAAGAGGGUAAAAAUAAAGAAAAUAUUCCUUUUACAGAUCAAGAACUCCAAGAACAAUUAAAAGUGUAUAAAGAACUAAAGGCGAAAUCCAAAGUAGUCUCCAUUUUACGUAAAAUAAGUAAACCAAACAGAAAGCAUCGUAGAUUCGAUGAUGAAGAGGGGAAUGAUCUGAAAUCUGUGAGAAGAUCUACGAAAUACGGGAACAAGUCUGAAAUAUUAAUCGAAGCUUACGAACCUGCUGAACAUGUCGAACCUUAUAAAUCACUGAUCGUAGAAUGUGGAGAAAGACCUUUAAAUAUUUCAACUAACUGUGAACCCGCGAAAGCUGCUUGUCUUUUUGAUAUCAGUGCAGAUCCUUGUGAAUAUAAUAAUUUGGCAGAUAUCAAACCAAAGAUUGUUAAGAGACUUGAAUGGGAACUGGACAAGUACAGAGAUAAAGCUGUUCACAUAAGAAAUAAAAAACACGACCCGUUUGCGAAUCCUAAGUAUCAUGGAUAUGCUUGGAGUCCGUGGAAGAAAACAGACGAUUCUGAUUGGGAAUAG